AUGCGCUCGUUCACCAUCGCCGCCGCCGCCGCCCUCGUUUCCUCAGCCUAUGCUGCUCCAUGGACAAUGGGCGGCCUCUGGGGAGCCAAGUUCGACCCAACCAAGUGCUUGACUCAAGGCACGGUUGAGAGCAUUGUCGACGGCUUUGGCAAGCUCAUCUCCGCGUACACGGACGCCGACGCUCAAAGACUGUUGGCUGACGACCUGGUCGACUACUCGGACUCUAUCAAUUCCCUCAUCGGGGCACCAGUCGGGACUGCCACCUUCCCCAGCAAGGCCGCCUUCAUGGCGGGCCAGGGAUCUCAGCCUCCCGUCCCAUUCGAACUCCUUGCCAUUGAGGCGUACAACUGCGACACCAUCUCGCUGCGAUGGAUCGGUGGUCUGCAGCCGCAGCCAGUCAAGGGCAUUACGGUGCUGAAGGCAUCCAAUAGCCAGGGCCAAAAGGAUACAUGGCAGAUCAGCACCAUCUUCACCGAGUUCAACAGCAUCGCUUGGUUGCAGGACAUUGGUGGCAACGUGACCUACCCCAGCCACUAA